AUUUUUUGGAACAAAAAUUAUAGUGAAUAUUGAUAAUAUUUACAAAAGUUGUUUUAAGAAAUUUAUAAUAUUUUCAUGCAAGUGUAAUUUGUAAGAUUUUUUUGACAAAUUUGAAAUGGGCAGCAGUCAAUCAACCAGAGCGACGCAUUUCCAUCGUCACGAUGCAGCUAAAGCCAUGGAGGAUGUAUCAGAAGACCAUCACAUCAAUAUUUCUAAUAAAAUGGUUGAAAGGCUCGUUGAAGACGCUGCUAUAACAAAUGACACGGUCACUGGUUUCUCAAACGCCAAAGGAGAUUAUAAGGAGAAGAUAUUCAUUGAGAAGCUGAGAUGUAUUGAUGAUAAGCAUACUGAAAGAUGCGGAUUAACGGUAGAAGAAUUAAACGCCUUGGUGACUCGUGUGGAAAUGCGAACAUCUCACAUAUCGAACUUAGAACCAAUAUGUGAAGAUAUAAAGGAUAAAAUCAUCGAUUGCUACGAUACGACAGAUCCUUCGGAUAUUAUUAAAUGCUGGAAUAUUGUAGGAGCUUUUAGUCAAUGCGUGCAAGAUGCCAGCUCGAAGAGAUUAGAGGCGCGGACGGCGCAGGAGGCGCUCGCCACAGCACAGCGCACACGGCGCGUGGCGCGUGCGCGCGCACACCUCGCCACGCACGACGACCUUACCGACGACUGAGAAAUCGUAAUCUCAAUAUAGCAAAUAACUGCUAUCGAAUCAUCCAUUACACAGAGAAAUAGAGAAAUUAAAACGAUAACUAAAAACGAGAAACUAUAACAGUAUGUUUUGUUUAUAGAAGUGUUAUUAAGAACAUAGACGAUAGCUAUGCACAGAUCAAUAUUGGCUCUGACUUUCGGUUGUACGAGGGAAGGUCCAAAAGUCCACAGAUUGGAAGUGUCGCUAAUUUUAUUAAAUAACAAAAAUAUUAUUUAUUUUAAUUAAUCUCCCUUAUGACUUUAAUGAUGAUGACGUUGAUAACUUAUUUGUUGAAUGAA